AUGGCGCCGGCUCGGCACAUGAGGUCACGUAGCCAACCAAAGCGACGGGCGUCAGUCGUCAUAAGGGAGGAGACAUUGUCCUUGGUGUCUGCAGGAAGAUGGGGUACUGGGACAUAGAAGAGGGAACAGAAUGUGUCCAAAAAACCUGGCUAACCACAAAGCUGGGGGCAACUAUAGGUUUGUCUAACACAGGAGACCCUGGGCUAUUUAUAAUGUAUUUAUAAUGUUUAUAUCCAUAGGAGGAGCUUGUGGUUACACUAAUAACAGGUUUAAUAUUCAUAUGGUGACUGGUUACAGGGUUUAUAUGUUAUACAUCUCGAAUAGGAUUAGUGUGUGAACAAAAUAAAUGCACUUAGUCUGCUACAUGUUAAAUGCAAUAAUCUGCAAUGGCCAUUGUGACUGAUACCAUGUAACAAAAUCACCAUUUAUUUCUGGAAUUAGUGAAUAUAAAAGCUUAGCAUAGUGUAGGAAGCAGGUAAGUGGGUCCAGGCCAAUACCUAAAGAUAAAUAAUAAAAUAAAAUUUGCUAUACAGCAAUUUUCUGUUGUAGCAUAAUUCAGCUGUUAGGGGAGUUGGAAGAAAUCAUUCUAAUGUUCCAAAUUCACAUAAUAUAUCCAAUUUUAAAAAUGGAAUGUUGUUUAAUAGCUCUGAUAUUAUGGCAGUUUGUGUGGAAUGUAUUUUGAACAUCAUUUCAAUAUAUUUUUCUGUAUUGAAAGUCAGUGUAUAUUUUGCAUAUUAAUUACCUAAAUUAUUUUAGGUCUCAUUGGGUCUGCAUAUCACAUUGUGGCAUUUCAGCCUAACACGGCUUUGCAGGGAGUCCAAAGAGCGACGAUGGGAACACUCACAAUGGGUAAGAAGUAGUUUCUCUAUAAAACAAAUACAACUGAUUAAUUUAAAAAAAAAACCCUGCUUAUAGGUACUAUAUCAAUUACACUUGUAAAGGUUUUGUUUGAAGCAGAAACUAAAAAUACAUCUACGGUCACUUUAAUGCAAUCGUAGCAUUCAAAUAUUACUUUUCAGUAGUAGCGGAGACAUAAUGCCUGAUGCAAAAAUUGUAAUUCAAUCACGGCACCAGACAGACACUGGCACUGUUGGAUAUCUGCACCUUUAACUGCACAUAGUUAAAUCCAUUUAAUUUAUAAUUGUAACGCUCAAGUUAGGGUUUGUAGGAGGUUAGAGUACUAAACGCUUUGUUUAGAGGCACUUCCACUCAAGUUGCUAGGGUCUAUAUCUUUUAUUGUUCAAUCUUUUUUAUUGGUUUUAUAUUCAAGUAAAUAAAUAAGUGGUUACAGAAGAGAAACAGUGGUUGUUACAAGUAUUGAAUACACGAGUUUCCAGAAGAAAAAUUAUUGCGUUGUAAGUUAGUUGUUCAAUGCAAGGUUUUCCACAGUUUUGGGUCUUUAUAUUUUAUCACUCCCAGUUAUUAUUUGGAAGAUGGUACAGGUGAUACUCGAAAAAUUAGAAUAUCGUGCAAAAGUUUAUUUAUUUCAAGUGCGAUGAUUAUGGCUUACAGCUCAUGAAAACCCCAAAUUCACAAUCUCAAUAAAUUAGAAUAUUGUGAAAAGGUGCAAUAUUCUAGGCUCACAGUGUCCCACUCUAAAAUCAGCUAAGUAAGCCAUAACACCUGCAAAGGGUUUCUGAGCCUUUAAAUGGUCUCUCCGUCUGGUUCAGUAGGAAUCACUAUCAUGAGGAAGACUGCUGACCUGACAGUUGUGCAGAAAACCAUCAUUGACACCCUCCAUAAGGAGGGAAAGCCUCAAAAAGUAAUUGCAAAGGAAGUUGGAUGUUCCCAAAGUGCUGUAUCAAAGCACAUUAAUAGAAAGUUGUGUGGAAGAAAAAGGUGUAUAAGCAGCAGGGAUGACCGCAGCCUGGAGAGGAUUGUCAGGAAAAAGCCAUUCAAAAGUGUUGGGGACUUUCACAAGGAGUGGACUGAGGCUGGAGUCAGUGCAUCAAGAGCCACCACACACAGACUGAUCCUGGACAUGGGCUUCAGAUGUCAUAUUCCUCUUUUCAAGCCGCUCCUGAACAACAAACAACGUCAGAAGCGUCUUACCUGGGCUAAAGAAAAACAGACCUGGUCUGUUGCUCAGUGGUCCAAAGUCCUCUUUUCUGAUGAGAGCAACUUUUGCAUCUCAUUUGGAAACCAAGGACCUAGAGUCUGGAGGAAGAAUGGAGAAGCACACACUGCAAGAUGCUUGAAGUCCAGCGUGAAGUUUCCACAGUCUCUGUUGAUUUGGGGAGCCAUGUCAUCCGCUGGUGUUGGUCCACUGUGCUUCAUUAAGUCCAGGGUCAACACAGCCGUGUACUAGGAGAUUUUUGAGCACUUCAUGCUUCCUUCCACAGAUGACUUUUAUGGGGAUGCUGACUUCAUUUUCCAGCAGGACUUGGCACCUGCCCACCCUGCCAAAAGCACCAAAGCCUGGUUCAAUGACCAUGGGAUUACUGUGCUUUAUUGGCCAGCAAACUCGCCUGACCUGAACCGCAUAGAGAAUCUAUGAGGCAUUGCCAAGAGAAAGAUGAGACAUGAGACUGAACAAUGCAGAAAAGCUGAAGGCUGCUAUUGAAGCAUCCAUAACAACUCCGCAGUGCCACAGGCUGAUAGCUUCCAUGCCAUGCCGCAUUGAGGCAGUAAUUGCUGCAAAAGGGGCCCAAACCAAGUAUUGAGUUCAUAUGCAUGCUUAUACUUUUCAGAGGUCCGAUAUUGUUCUACGUACACUCCUUGUUUUAUUGAUUGCAUGUAAUAUUCCAAUUUACUGGGUUUUCAUGAGCUGUAAGCCAUAAUCAUCGCACUUAUGACAAAUCAUGGCUUGAACUAUCUUGCUUUGCAUGUAAUGCGUCUAUCUCAUACAUUAGUUUCCCCUUUUAAGUUGCAUUACUGAAAUAAAUGAAUUUUUGCACGAUAUUCAAAUUUUUCGAGGAUCACCUGUAGAUAUGGUCAUCAGCAUCUUGUACCCCUAAACUAAUGUGGAUCGGAGUGAUAAGCAGUGGUAGAAAUGCUUUUAAAUGUGCAAGACGAUCACUCUAAACACAAAGUGACUUGUAGUAAAUGGAAUUCUUUCUAAGAAAUACUUUGAAACUGGUUUAAAUAAUGUUCACCUUUAAUGCAUAGACUCCUAAAGUGAGGAGAGAAAAAAUAAAAAAAAUAAAAAUUAUAUAUAUAUAUAUAUAUAUAUAUAUAUAUAUAUAUAUAUAUAUAUAUAUAUAUAUAUAUAUAUAUAUAUAUAUAUAUAUAUAUAAAAUCUUAUAGAGAAGUUGUAUAUUUAGUUGUUUUUAGGAGCGUUUGAAGUUAUACUUGCUUGCCAGCCGACACUGCCGCAGUUGGAGAUAUAUGGAUGGUACAUUACUGUAACUCCCACCGUCUAGUCCAACUUGCUCCCUAUACUUUCUGCUAUGAUUGUCUCCCAGACAUCACAUUGACUUCAUUGCUAGUCCAUCAGUGUCACAGCAGAGUGACAUCUCUCUGUCAUGAUGCUUCUAUAUUCCCUUAACACGUUUGAGACAUGCUUGUUAAGAGGAAUACUUAUAGGAUGGUUGUCCCGCUCCUCCUUGUUACUCUGUUGUGGGUACAGACUUGUGUCUAUGCGAAGAGUUAAUAAAAAUAAAAUAAAAUGUGGUUGUUCCUCCAUCUCUCAAACCGUUUUUCCUUAAAUUCAUAUUUUGCUAGCGCAAUGCAUAAUUUAUUUUGCCAUAUAGUUUUGAUGUUAAUACACUCAGACCAGUUAAUUGAAAUGGUCUGGGUGUAAUGGUCCUGUAGUUUUAACCGUGCAAUGUAAUCCAUUGCACUUUUGUAGAGACUGCAAUGUUUAUAUUACAGGGUUAAACAUGUCUCUAGUGGCUAUCUUCCUGACUGCCAUUAGCGGCACUUUCUCUACAACGACCAAGUUAAACUCCCGUUGUAGCCAAGUGUACCAGAUAGGAAUGCAUUCAAAUCAAUGCAUUCCUAAUAAAAGAACUUGAUUGGAAGUGGCAAGCUCACUAUGCAUGUGCAUCAGUCCCAAAUACACCUCUAUGAGGAGCAUUGGCUAGAGAGUGACACCUGUCUAUUGACGUUGCAGGAGGGGAGUGUGGGAAGCAGCACUCAGACUGGUCAUUAUUACAUGGAUGGGGUCUCUAAUUUAACUAUGGACUAGAGCACAAGCCUGUAUUUCUAAUGCUAUACUGUUUCUUUGUUAUAUGUACAUUGGUAUGGAAUAUUGCCCAACAUCAGGCAGGCGUUUUUUUUUUUUUUUGGUUCUGUGGAUUUGGAGGUGGGGGGGAUUCUGAGAGGUUUAAGGAUACUUUUGGUUGCAGCUUGAUCUGCAUUUACAACAGUAAUUUAUAAACUUUAUAUUCAGCAAAAAGGCAAGUAGUCUGCUUUUGACAUUUUAAAUGUUUAGAUGGUGGAUAAUUAUUGACAGCAGAUUGUUAACGCAAUUUUUAAAUACUUUUGGAUUAUUUUUUUUCCUAAUGUAUAAUAUCUAGCACCAUAUUAUAAAUGAAGUUAUUAUGGUGCCAGGAGGACCCUGGGUGCAAUCUUACCAUAAGGAAUUAAACAGUUCUUGAACAGGAAAGCAGCAAAGUUAGCCUCCAGCACCGACCUCAAGGACCCCCAGGGGGCAUCAGACUUCUGAAUCUGAGUUUCAGGAAGCAUGGAGUGUCGCAGUGUAGGGGCUCUGCUGAUUGGCUUAAGUAGUCAGCUGAUGCUCUAAGCUAAUCCGUAGAUCCCCAUUCAUAAAAAGAUACGUACCUUUCAAGAACUGUUUAACCCCUCAAGGUAAGAGUGUGCCAGGGGGCCUCUUGGCACUAUAAUAACUUUAUUUAGAUUACAUUGUUAAGGUGACUGGAGUACCCCUUUAAGAUGAAGAGGCAAAAAGCUCAGCUGACUUGAAUAAUUGUUAGAGUUUGGCUACUGUGACUUAAUAUUUUAAAACUACUUUGAAUUACCAAUUUUUUUUUUUUUUUUUAUUAUUUAGCCUCACUUGGUGCCAUCUUUGGAAUAACCACCUGUCUUAGUGCACAGAUUCGGAAUAAACCAGAAGACCCAUUGAAUUACUUUGUCGGAGGCUGUGCUUCAGGCAUCUUUUUGGGGGUUAAAAGUAAGUAUAUGUACUGUAUGUCGUUGGAAUAGUGUCUUAAACAACAAAUGUCAUCUACAUAUGUUAUGUCUGAUCAAAUAGCCCUGCAACUAUAUAAUACAUAAUAUGUAUAAUGGACAGCGGUGUAAAACAGUGUUUUUUUUUUUUGUUUUUUUUUUCCUUACCUCCUCCCCCUCAUCUUCCCAAUAAAAUUGCUCGGUUUAAUAAAUAGUUUUCCCAGUCUCCCUCUCCUCGCCGGCUCAGAUUGCAUGCAUGUGCUGAGCUGGGUUAACAGUCCAAUAACAGGCUUCUCUGUAAGAGCCCUGUGAUUGGACUGCACAGGACCCUGGUUGUCAUCAGGAAGAGUCAUGGAAGGCAGCGCCGAGAGCUUUGCUCAGCUGGAUUCCAGGUAAGUAACUUUAUUUUUUAUUUUAUUUUUUUUCUCCGGUUCCUGCAUCAGUUACGUGGGGGAUCAAAAUAAUAGUGCCCAUUAGGGCAUUUUAAACAGAACAGUAUUGGAGUAACCCUUUAAGCAAAUGUGAUGAGCUGCAUGGGAAAGACACAAAAUUACCUGUUUGGUAUGACCAAAUGGGCAGCAAAUCAUAGCUAACUUUUAGAAUAUGAUCAAACAUUUAAAUAAUGAUGCUGCUUGUUAACAAUAGGGUUCUGGAAAAAGUUAUAAAUACUCCAAUCAGAACCCAUAUCCUGGCUCUGAGAUGUGUAUGCAUUUACUGUAUUAGUAUGGUUAUAUCCUGUGGUUUUUGUUUUUUUUUUGUACUGAAAACUAGUUUGGUAAUAUAUUACUAAUCUACAAUGCGUGCUCAGCAGACGAGAUUAGAAAUAUUGUAAAUGCUGUUCAAGUGCGAUAUAAAGCAAGAGAUGUCAAGUGGCAGCGUUUUUUUUUGUUUUUAAUGCAUCAUUGGAACUAGGUUUGUGUGUGAAAAUAUGGUCUUUCUCUUCACAGCUCACAACUACAUGACUGGGACCACUGCAUGUCUUGCUCUUGGAACAAUCGCUGCCAUAGCAAAGAUUGGCAAGAAGGAAGGCUGGGUAUUCCUCCCAUCUGAGCCCAAACUGUGA